GAUGUUUAUUCCCAACGUUCGGUGAGUAACUUGAUUGGUUCAUUAAAAAUUUUAAAAUUCCCAAUUAUUUGUAAAUCUUGUUUGUUUAAAUAUUAUUUAAUUUACACCUUGCUAAUUAUUUUUGAUAAUCGCCUCGUCAAAUAUUUAAGCUUAGUUAUUUACCCCGUCAUUUUUUCAGUAUGAAAACAAUCGAUUUCAUGAUGACGCGAAACUCCAAGACUGCGAGUGCUUAAAAAAAUGUGGUUGAUACGUUAUUCAGUGAUCGAAGUUUAGUCAUUCUUGUCGUACUCUCACGAGAGUUACACGUUAGUUUGCCAGAAACAGGCAACUACUUUUUAUUGUAGUACCGCAUACCUACCUAACUUACAAUGGAUAGUGCGUCAAGACCUAUUGACAGUAUUGCAGAUAAUCGCUAUUUUUGCCACAGCUGUGAUGCCGAAAUAGGGAGCGUAGCUGAUGAUUUUACAUGCCCGACGUGCCAUUUGGGUUUUAUUGAAAAAGUUGAACAGCAACAAACUCCUGAGGAACCAGAUGACGAAGAUAUGGAAUUCGCAAACGCACACUUUAUGGUUAAUGGUAUAUUAGGAGAUGAUAUGGCAGGAAGACGGAGGUCAAAUAUUCGUCGUCGUAGAUUUACAACCAGAGGUCCUCAUGUAAUGACAUUGCAACCUGGAAGAGGCCCAAGGCGUAGUUCAGGCGGGACAAUUGAAAAUUUAGUAGAAGAUGUCAUAGUAAAUUUUGCUGAUUAUGCUCGAUCGGGUGGAAGUCCAGUCAGUAGAUUUUUACUCGGUAAUCCUGGUGACUAUGUUUGGGGAAGAGAUGGAUUAGAUUCAAUUGUGUCCCAGUUAUUAAAUCAGAUUGAUGGAGCUGGACCUCCACCAUUAACAAAAGAGAAAAUACAAGAAAUACCUACAGCACUUAUUUGUCAAGAACAUUUGGAUAUGAAACUCCAAUGCUCUGUUUGUUGGGAAGAUUUUACAAUUGAUGAAAAAGUAAUGAAACUAGCUUGCGACCAUAUGUUUCAUAAAGAUUGUAUUAUACCUUGGUUAGAAUUGCAUGGUACGUGUCCAAUUUGUCGCAAAUACUUAGCAGAUGAUGGGUUAAGUUCAAUUAAUUCAGAUCCACUAGGAAUCAGUCUAGGUGUUGGACCAAAUUUAGCAGCACUAAUUAGAGCUCGUAGUAACAACCCGCGUAAUACUGCUGAUCCAGUAUGGGGAAUGAAUGAUUAUGAUAUGGCAUCUACAUCAACUGACUGGCCUACACAACUUGGUAUUAGUUUGCCACUACCAAUUGUGUCAUCGUCAUCAGCUACACAGACUCCAGCCGCAGCAUCAGGUAUGUCCACUUAUUCAUCCGUCACAGCCAGAAACUUACGCGACCAACGGUUGUCAUCUUCAUCUGCUGAUGUUGAACCUAUGGAAACUGAUCAUGAUCAAAAUUUACCUGCGGUGAAUAAUACAAAUAAUUCCUAGUCUUUUCUAGUAAAUGCAAGUAUGAUUUUAGUACAAUAUGAGUUUACUGUAUAAUACAUGAAUAUGAAAGAAAUACAUUCAAUUAAUAACAAUUAACCAUAUAUUUUUAUUUGAACCAUUUAUGAAUAUUUAUAACAUAAUUACAAUAAUUGAUGACUAUGCAUUAUUAUACUAGCAAUUGACAGUUAGUUAUUUCAAAAGGUAUUUUGUAUAUAUAUGAAUUCUUUUGUA